UUAUUAGAUUCCUUAUUUUUAGCGCAUGCCACCAAAUCUGAAGUUCUUGGACAGGACAGUGUUCAGUUUGAUCUGAUCAUAGAUUAUGUUUGAAAUAGCCCACUACAUACUGUAUGCUGCAUCCUCUACUCAGUAUAUGCUGUAUACUGCAUGCCCAUGGUAUUAUGCAGUUCAGUGUCACACGAACGUUUAAAAGUUCUGCCAACUUUUUUCCACUACAGUUGCAUGACGGGACGAAGUCGCUCUGGUUGCGUGCUGGAAUAUUUGGCAGGAAUAGUAUGUUAUCUGGGUAUCUUUCCUGUAGACCUACUGGGAGAAAAAAAAAUUUUGUUUGCAUACUGCCACAUAGUGAUUUGGGGCAGGGUGUAUGUAGUAGGGUAUUUCUAACAGUUUUUAGCCGGUAAAAUGGAAUGUGUUGCUCGUUUUGGUAAUGGUCCUUUCUAUGUGAAGUUCUGCAGCAACUAUCAGAUUUUUAGAAAAGAUAAAAGUACGUUCUGAUUCGUUUCUCUACCUACGCACACUGCUCUCUGCUCACUCUUUUAAAACUAAACAUGUCUAGUCUCAGAAAGAGUCUCUCAGAAAGGAAGCUUCUUGUGAGGAUGUUCUUCCGUCAGUCUCGAUUAAUACUUGUAUACAUGUAUUUAAUUACUGUUGCUUCUACGGCCCUUUCACGUAAUACUGAAACUGAAAGCGUGUGUUGCACUCACUUACACGGAAUGUUGAUCUUUUGUGAUAAAUGCAUGGGACCGGUUUAGAACCGCCCAGCCAGUCUACACUACUGUAACCUACUGGUUUGCUCAGCAACCUAAAGUCACCCGCCGCCCAUAAACGCUCGUUCACCUUCAUUUUACUGCAUCAGUGUCAUUGAUGCACUGAUUCUUCAUCCAUGUCGGUGAAGCCAAAAGCUGGUGAUCUUAUAGAAAUCUUUCGUCCAAUGUACCAACACUGGGCCAUAUAUGUUGGUGAUGGAUAUGUCAUUCACCUUGUACCGCCAUAUGAGGUGGCGAAUGCUGGGGCCAACAGUGUGAUGUCAGUCUUUUGUGAAAUGGCGGUUGUGAAGAAGGAGAAGCUUUUGCUUGUUGUGGGCACAGAUAAAUAUAAAGUCAACAACCUUUUGGACGAUACGUAUGAGCCCCGUGAAGUUUCUGAAAUUCUCAAACAUGCUCACAGCCUUGUAGAUCAGAAGAAAACUUACAACCUUGCCACUGCGAAUUGUGAGCAUUUUGUCACAGAUUUAAGAUACGGAAAGCCGACAUCACGUCAGGUAAGACAAGUUGCAUCUGCUGCAGCGCUUGGAGUGCUUGGAGUGGUUGGAGUGGUUGGAGUGGUAGCAGUGACGGUAGCACUGUUUUCUGAUUCUGAAAAAGAGAAGAGGAAUAAAUAUUGA